GCAUAUCCCCAUUCUCUCCCGCCGAAAUUGGCCAAUCUCCUCGUCUUCCAGUUCCAGUUCCCGGCGGCGUCUUCUCGUCCACCACCACUCUCCUCCUCGUCUUCUCGUCCACCACAAUGCCGCCGAAGGCGCCGACGAGGAAGAUGCGGGCGAAGAAGACGAAGCCGCCGGGCAUGUCGAACGCCGAGUGGGCGGCGGACGAGAAACGGCGCGAGGUGGAAACAAGUGGCAGGGCGGAGAGGGUGAAAAGAGCCGCCGCCAAGAGGGCGGCGGCGGCGGCCCAGGACGAACAAGCGAGGAUGAUCAGCAUGGCCAUGAGCGGCGGCAGCAUGUUCCCCGGCCAAUGGCCGACGCAAGGUACAACCAGUUCCCCGUCGUCCUUCUCCCCUUCGCUGUACUCGCCGUCGCCGACUGCCGUGUUCCAAGAGGGCGCCUACGUCCAACCGUCCAGGUCCACGCCGUCGCCGCCCGAGCUUGACGUCGGCGGCGGCGGCCAGUUCGAGGGCACCUCGCCGGCCCUGCGACGAGGGCCGCUCCCGUUCGAUGCGACGGCGGCGCCGAACGAAGAGGAGAUCCACGAGAUGAUCACCUCCGGCUCCAUGGCCGCCGCUGCGAGCCCGGGGUUCUUCAUGGCCGCCGCCGCUGCGUGCCCGGGGUUCUUCACGCAAGAGGAGGCGAGGGCGACGGCAGCUGUGGCGGCGCGCAACGAGCAUCGGGAGGAUGUUGUCGACGGAAGCCAAGCCGUCGAAGAAGAAGACGAGGAAGAAGAAGAGCCAACACAAGCCGCCGCCAACCUGUCGAAGGGGAAGAAGAAGAGGAAGAAGGACUCGCCGCCUGCCGAACCGCGUAUCAAAUGGACGCCGAAGGAAGAGGAGUGCCUCGCCGAAGCUUGGAUGACCGUGUCCACGAACGGCAUAAUCGGGGCCAAUCAGUCGUUCGACACAUACUGGCUUCGAGUGAGGCAGGCGUACGAGGAGCGCAAACUCGUCGAUCCCUACUUCAACAAGACGACAUGAACGUGUACCGGGGAGACAAGGCAAUGGCCACCCAUUGGGGGAUCAUGCAGACGGCGUGCAACAAAUGGCACGGCAUACAGGAGGAGGUCGACAAACGGCCGAUCAGCGGCCAGGACUUGGAGCAAAAGCUGCGCCGAGCUUUGGACAUGUACACGGACGACACCGGCCUGCAGUUCAAGUUCCUCAACGUCUACGCCCGCCUCGAGAACUGCGAGAAGUGGAAGGAAACUCGCACGACCCUCUCGAAGAGCAAGACCGAGCAGUACAACCCCGAUGCUCCGGCGGCU